AUGUCAUUUCAGAGAUGGUACGGGCGUUUGGAGAAGUCGUUGCAGACACCAAACUUUCCAUCCUUCGUCCAAUUUCCGGCAGUAGCGGAUCUUCAAAGAAGACUUCCAGAACGAUGCACGAUUGCCCUUUCUGGGCUUACAAAACCCCUUUAUCGCAGCGAACGAGAAAUCAUUUGGCUGCGCAUGAAAACCGUCAGGAACAAAUGUAUCAAUGCGAUGCAUGCCUCGUGCAGUUUACUGAAAGAUCGAAUACGCAAAGGCAUCGUUUACAACGCGGAAGUGUCAAAUCGUAUCGGUGCAAAUUUUGUUCGAAAACAUUCUUCAGAAAGUGACGGCCCGGAUUGGCCAGAGGAGAGGCAAUCCGUUCACGGGACGUUCGUUCGUUUCAUUAGUGAAAUUGGUUUAACCGAUGCCAAAAAAUCGGAAUCGGCACCAGUUUGCUCCUGUUCGUGUGGGUGGUCAACGCGUGAAUACUGCUGA